UUGAUAUUGUAAUGGACAUGGAAGACUUUGGGAAUGAGCAACCCAGUUAUGUACCAUCCGAACUGGUCAGUUAUUCAUCAAAUACUUGCAAUGUAACAUACUAUUGCUAUUUGAUAGAGUUGAGUCUGGAUUUCAACUAUGACAUAUCGGUUAAUGACAUUGUUCUUGCAAUGAGGAGUGAACUUGACUCAGAAAUCACAAGCACAUCAUUUGAUAUGUGUGUUGACAGGGGGAACAUGUCAGUAAACCUCAGACAUGUGGAAACUAUUCAUCUUAGCCCAGAUGAGGUUCAAAAAUGUAGAAGAUUUCAGACCACCCUCUUUAGGAUCCUUCUGGAUUGUGACAAGAAUAAAAUAACCAAUGUUUCAGAUGAGUUUAGUUUGGGAGAUAAUCCUGAGAUUGAUUAUCUUCUGCUCCCAGCCACUGCUACAAAUUCACUUGUUGAUUGGAAGGCUAUUUUUUCUUUUCCUUUUUCAUCUGAAAGCAAGUGUGAGUGUAAGGGUCAUGCUCAUGAUGUGUGGACAAAAAAUGGUUUGGUUUGCUCUUGCAAACUUAAAAAUUGUGUGGUCUCCACUCCUCAUAAUGGUUUUAUUUAUAUCAUUACUGGUGAAAUGAAAUUGAAUGGAAACUCACGUCUACCUCACCUAAGAGGUAAGAGAGCUACUACUUACAAAGAUUACUUCAAAAACAAACACGGGAUUGAAUUGCAAUUUGAAGAUCAACAUUUACUUCAAGGAAGAAGUGUUUUCAAAGUGAACAAUUACCUUCUGCGGCACAGAAUAAAGAAGGAGAAAGGUUUAAGUUAA